ACAUUAGGGUUGAGGUAAAAUUGCACCGUAUAAUGUAAGUCCCAAGAAAUAAAGUAUGUUAUCUGCCCGUGUUAGCUUGCCAUGCAGGCCCAACGUAUUCCUAUUAAUAAAACAUGCAAGCACCACACCAGACGCGAGGUCGAUAAAACAUCCAAAUCCGAAUAAAAUCACUACUGAUAUGGUAGGUCCACCAGAUCCUGUGUCUAACUUGAGAAGAGUUGUAUUCCGAAAGCCCAUCAACGAAACUAGUCUAGAAAGGAAAUACCGGAAGCUAAGGGGUGAAGUACAGGAGUGGAACCAAGUUUUUUGGACACAACAUAAUUCACGAUUCUUUAAGGAAAGAGAAGCAUAUUUAAGAAACAACCUACCUGAAGGCAAAACCAAUCUAACAGCUGAUGAAAUGAGUGUGUUCUAUAAAGCUUUUUUAGACAAAAACUGGCGAGCUCAUCUCAACUACAAUAGGGAGUGGUACAAGAAGAAUAUGACUUUACUAAUGCUAGCUUUACAGGUUAAAUUUAGGAAAUUGUUUAGAAUAAAAAUGUAUAUAGCCCUAAAGUGGUUGGCUGGCAUGGUUUCAGCUAUGUGGAUAGGUCUGUGUUUGGUUGACCUCUAUCUGAAGGAUAAUGCUUAUGUGCAUUUAACAAAAUUCAACGAGCUAAAUUAUCUAAUACCACCAUUAUUGAAAAAUACUAGCAUUUUACCUAAGCAGAAAUCAAUUCAAGAAACAGAUAAAAAGAACCAUCCUGUUCACCACAAUAGUUUAAUUUCACAAUACAUUACGUUCAUUGCUGGUGCGUGUUUGGUUAUAAUAUAUUACAGAAAGAACGACUUAAUAUUGUAUACGAGUAUAAAAUUAAAAAGAUUAAAUAAAUACGACGUUAAAAAGCAUUUGCGGAAAUAUAAAAUUUUGAAAAAUACCGCCACCGUCGAAAUAAUUUAUGUUGCCAUUUUGAGAAUAUUGGAAAUCAGCAAGGGUAUUUUUAAGAAACUAAGAAUGUAUCUGCUUACUAUAAAUAAAAAAGAGACAACGCCGAAACGUGAUUCCCAAAAUGUAAAUAUAUUUUUACUUAAGAAAUUAAGAGAAUAUAGCCAAGAACGCAGGAACUGGGGUCACGUAAUAUUUGCGGCUAUUCACGAAAAUAAAAAUAUUAGAAUGCGAUGUCAGUUGGAAAUGUUGGCCAAAAAACGACUCGUUAAACACAUAGAAGACACUCAAAAACAAAUUAAGGAAAACAAAUCACGAUACCUGACCUUUCAACAACUGUAUUUGGUAACACAUCAGGAAAAUAACUUUUUAAAAUCACGUGUUAGAAAACUAACACAAGAUAAAGAGGAAGCUGAAAGAAAUCUUAUUAAAUUAGUAAAUUAUGUUUGGCAAUCAAAAAACAAUGAACUGAAGGAAUAUUGCACUCGUUUUAUAGUAAAAACUAAAGAUAACUUGCUAAAUUCAGAUGUAAGAGUGGAAAUCGAUAAAUUUCUGACAUACACAAGUAAAACAACACUUUCUCAUCAGGAAUCAAAUAAGUCUCACUAUCUUAGUACAAUUAAAGAAGACAAUGAUAAUUUCCGUGAAGACAUGAUUCUGGUUAAGGACGCUCCAAAAUUAAGGGGUCUUCCUGGUGAAUCUGUAUGGACUGUUAAAGAUAAAGAUGGACUUAUAGAGAAGUUGUAUGAAUACGAAACUGAUUUUGAUAGUGGUGACAUUAUUAGAAGAAUAAGGCAAUAUUCGGUGUAUUACGAUAAAGAUUGCUUAUUAGACGUCUCUAGUUCAACAACUUUAAUUCAGAGUACAAAUAUUGACUUGACAAAUUUUUGUCACCAGUACAUAAAUAAACGCAUAACUGGCUCUCAAGCUUUUCGAAAUUUUUUAUACACUAACAAAAUUAUUUCUCUCCCAAGAACGUCAGCGCCGGUUAUUUAUUGA